GGCCGGGGCCGGGGCCGGGACGGGCGGCCGCAGCGCCAUGGCCGAGUCCCAGCUGAGCUGCCUGGACGAGGCGCACGUGAACGAGAGGGUGACCGAGGCGCAGGCCGCCUUCUACUACUGCGAGCGGCGGCGGGCCGCACUGGAGGCGCUGCUGGGCGGCGGCGAGCAGGCCUACCGCGAGCUGGUCCAGAAGGAGCAGCUGCGGGGCUUCCUCUCCAGCCAGGAGCAGCAGGCCCUCCGCGCCGCCUGGAGCCCCUACGAGGCCGCCGCCGCCGCCGCCGCCGCCGCCGCCCGCGGCAAGAGCAAGGCCAAGGCCAAAGCGUCGGCGCAGGCCGAGCCCGAGCCCUGCGAGUCCCUGGCCUACUGGCCCGACCGCUCCGACACCGAGGUGCCCCCGCUGGACCUGGGCUGGACCGACACCGGCGUCUACCGCGGCGUGAGCCGCAUCACCGUCUUCACCCACCCCCCCAAGGAGGAGAAGGCGCCCCACCUCAAGCAGGUGGUCAGGCAGAUGAUCCAAGAGGCCCAGAAGGUCAUUGCUGUGGUCAUGGACCUCUUCACCGAUGGUGAUAUCUUCCAAGACAUUGUGGAUGCUGCCUUUAAGCGCCGGGUCCCGGUGUAUAUCAUCCUGGAUGAGGCAGGCGUGAAGUUUUUCUUGGAGAUGUGUCAGGGCCUGGGACUCACUGACUUCCGUAUUCGGAACAUCCGUGUCCGCUCUGUGACAGGUGUUGGCUUCUACAUGCCCAUGGGGAAAAUCAAGGGGACCCUGUCAUCAAAGUUCCUAAUGGUAGAUGGCGAAAAAGUAGCCACUGGAUCUUACAGGUUCACAUGGAGUUCCUCCUACGUGGACAGGAACCUGCUCCUCCUCCUGACAGGCCAGAACGUGGAGCCCUUCGACGUGGAGUUCCGGGAGCUGUAUGCCAUCUCAGAGGAGGUGAACUUGUACCAGCAGCUGAACCUGGCAGGGGGUGCCAGGAGGCUGGGCCCUGAGUAUUCCUCCACCGUGGCUCGCAAGCUCAUCAACCCCAAGUACGCCCUGGUGUCAGGCAGCCGCCACCCACCUGGGGAGCUGAUGCGCUGGGCCGCCCGGCAGCAGCGGGAGGCCAGCGGCAACCCAGAGGGGCAGGAGGAGGGUGGCAGAGGCGGCGAGGCGGCCCGGCGGCUGGAGAGCUUCCUGAAUGACCUGGUCACGCUGGAGCAGAUGCUGCCCCCUGUGGAGCCCAUUCCCCCCAGAGAGCUGAUUCAGAAGGACAGCAGGUUGGUCUCUCACCUGCGUGUGGACCUGAAGCCCAGACCUCCGGAGGUGCUUGUCCGAAACGGCAAGGGAGAGGCUGCCAACGGGGAGGCCACCCCGGCCAACGAGGGCAAGCGCUUCAGCAAGAGGUUCUUCAGUCGGCGGGCCAAGAGUCCCACGGCGCCCAACGGCAUGACCAGCACCGUCUCCACCGAGACCUUUGCAGAAGUGGAGUUUGUGACAGGAAAGAGGCCCAAAGACGGUUCCAGUGCUGACAUCUCAGGUAAAACAAGUCCCAGUCCUGCCAAGGCCAGCAAUUGUGUGAUUUCCUGAGCCAUGGGCCAGCGGUGGGUAGGACCUGUGGAUGCCCCCGGCCCUGUCCUAAGGAGAACACAGGUCAAACCCUGUACCAGUUUGCACUUUGGACCCUUGUUCGCUUCCUGCCCAUCAGCCUCCAUCCUGGCCUUAGGGCCCCUCAACCCCAGAUGUGAGAGUCUGCAGCAUCUCAAGAUGAUCACGUGCCCCUACAAGACUGUCGGUGGCCGGGCAGGGGUCACUCCUUCUUGUUUACAUUAAGUGGAAGCUUGACUCAUGUUUGCUCUCCUUUAUGCCGGACCCCCUCUCUCCACUGAGUCAGCCUUGCCCUGCAGGUCCCCAGAUGGGAUGAGCCCAUGUCUUCAUGCCCGAUGUGAUGGGGUCUCCAGGGCAGCCCCAGCUCCCUGACUUCUCCUUCCCUGGGCUUCCCGGUGCUUCUGGUCCCCCAAGAGGUUUGGUGGGAUAUAAGGGAAGAGGACAAAUGGGGCUCUGAGCCAGGGAGCCAGCCUUGACCUGGGCUCUGAACUCAAGGUGGAAGAUACAGCUGGGGCACCGGCUGCUGCGGCCUUCCUGGCCUGCUUCCUGCAGGCUCCUGUACUACACCCAGAGUGAAAUGAGGGGAAGGCCUCCCCCCAGCCAGUGGCAGGAUCUGACCCUGCCAUUCUGAGAGCCCUCCGACUAAGGUCUCCUUUCCUUCUCUCCACACUGUUGUAGCAGUCUCUACCCAGUGGUCCAGACCCCCUUGGCUUGUUGCCUGCUGCAAACACAUAUGGGGGUUCUUCUUGUGCCUUUCCCUGGGGCCCCUUCCUCCUGUUAAUGUGCCUUGAUUUGCAGCCCAGGGCAGGGAGAGAGAGCUGGCCGAGGGUGGGAGAUUCAAGUGGUAUGAGAGGUUGAGUCCUGCAGACAAGGGCGUUUGUCCUUUCCCCUGCCCCCAAGAUGGCCCUCAGCCCCCUCAACAGCCAGGACUUUUGUGCCUUCUCCAGGUCCAUUUCAGCCAAAGACCAGCCUUUGCCUUCUGCCAAAAGUCAGGCUGCAUCUAGGAUCCUUGUCCUCUGCAAAGAGGCCUGGCCUCAUGGCUACAACACCAAGCCAGGGAGAGCAGCCUAAAGUCCCAUGCUGCCCUCUCCACACUUAUGUAACCAGAGGGGUCUGAGGAGAGAUUUCUGGAAUGGACAACAGAGAAACUGCCAAACUGCAGGCUCUGUGAGCCUACUGUUGGGAGAUCAUAGCUGCAGCAGAGCCGAAAGGCUGCGGCACCCAGUGGAAGCACCACCAGGCAGCCUUUUUCAGCCUCUUACUUUUGAACCAAACUCCUCUCUGUCUUUCCUUCUGCAAAAACCCUUAGGCACCAGCACCUUGGGGAGGGGCACAGGUGCAGGGUUGGGGGAGGGCACUGCGGGCACGGAAGUGAACCAGCAGGUGGGAUGGUGUGGUGCACUUGGAGGAGAACCUGGCCUCCAGCGGUGGGGAGGAAAGGAAGGGUGAGCCUGGUUCCCAGGGGCUCUUCCCCUCAUCCUGAGGCUAGCUUCUGAGGGGAGGGGCCUGGAGGGCAGGGGACCCUGACCCACCUCCUUGAGCUUUUAUGAGGAUUAAACACUUCCUGGGAAGUGCUGACAA